AUGAAUUAUACAUUUGCUCAACAGCGACUGUUAAGAGCGAUGAUAUAUGGAUCGGGAACUGCUCCACUCGCUCAUGUACAUUUUAACUUUCUGGAAUGGCUAGUUGUAAAGAAGGUAGGAAAUAGACUAUACUUGCUACAAGUCGACCUCGUUCUUAUCCCGACCGAAAAAAAAGCGUGUGAAGCGAGCGUCAUCAAGGUCGCUCAGCGACUGAGCAAGCGACAAAGUCGCGAGGUUAUCAUGACAUCACCGGUGAAUUUUUCAACCAGUAAAUUUCGCGCCAAACAGGUAAGAAAACGGUCCUUUAAAAAGGCAUAACCAACUAGGAAAAAAAAAUUAAAGGACUUUUAAUUAGAAAGUCUAGAAAUAGACUUAACGUGAAAGUACCUAGUUUCCUGGAAAAUACUUUUGUGAGCUUAAAACAGCCAAAUCUGCACAUAAAAUGACAAAUCGGGUGAAAAAAAAAUCGGAACAUUUUCGAUUAACUCAUGCAUUCUCACUAACAGCCUACGCUGUCCCUGGUAUCGCUUGUGACGUCAUCAGUUUGAACGGUUGUAGACAAUUUUGAUAUCCACGGCUCCUGAUAUAUAUUAUGUCUAUUAUUAAGACCAAUUAAACUGGCGCAGGCCAGGGAAGAGAUAUUUCAAACAAUAUCAGCCGCUUAUCCGGAUGAGCACAAUUCAGUCAAAUAGACAAAAGAAAAAUGCAAAAAAUCACGUCAAGUUGACCCAAAAACUGCAAUGAAUCUGAAAAAUGUCCUAUUGCAUCUUAAAUCCCACGAUCCUAUUCCCCACAGAAAUGAAGCCUAGAAAUGUCCAGCAAAGGGAAAAAACUGGGCAAGAAAAGCGGGAGAAGGGAGAAGAGAGAAAGCACAAAGAAAAAUUUGGCGUUCUGCCCAUCCCCAAAAUUCAGAACCGUAUGUUUGCUAGAAACAAAGAGCAGCGUAAUGCUUAACAUGAGAUCGGGCCCAAUUUUAGCCGCUUUCAUACCAAGGCCGUAGCUAGAAAUUUUUGACUGGGGGAAAUAAAGCGAGGUCUGGAGCAAUGCUCUUUCAGAAAAUCUGAAAUGAAUGCAGCGGCAUGGAAAUACCAAUUUGUACAUAGAUAUGCCGUCCAAGUAACGUUAGUAAGUCAAAGUUUAAAAGGAUACGUUCUUUUAGAGCAUAAGGUUUUGAAAACUAUUGAUUCAUCAAUAUCUGACCAGAUCGCGGUCUAGGAUGUCUCCAGAUGGAUUUCCCUCUGAAAAUUAAUAUCGUCAUCAGUCAAUAGUCCAGUUUCGAAUUGAAAAUUACCGCUGAAUACGAACAUUAACGACACAUUCAUACAGGGUUAGCCUCGACUUAAAGUAAAAUAUUCAGAAAUUCCGGCAAGUAAGUGUUUGAAAUUUGAAUAUACACUGAUAGACAGAGAAAUAUACAGGUCUUUCUCUUGUUGGAAUUUGUAAAUAUAUAUUACUUCAGAUGGAGGCUAAGCCUGUAAAAAAUGCGUCUUCACUUCCUUAAUUCAGCGGUCAUAGUGAACUCGAAACUGGACUAUUGCAGUUUUCGAAGUUAAUCAUGGCAUAGAGUCAACGAUAUAAAGACUUACUCAGGGAACCCAGUUAAAACGACGCGGGUUCGGACCUUUGCGCAAGUUAUGUUUCAUUGGCUGAUAUAAAUGGUCUCAGAUUCCGGUAUGUGUUCCGUCCCACGUUGAAUGAGGAAACGAGGAGCAUCCCUAGGCCACGUGCACUCAAGCGAUCCUCAUUCAUUGCAGAACGGUUCCACAACAGCCCAUGUUCGAUAUAUUAAAUUCUAACAUGACUCUGAUUCUUUCUGGACAUUUUUCUAUAUUUGGUUUUGUUUUCUUUGUGUUCAAGUCUCUUCUGCGAAUUGCGAUACAAUGAAUUUUGACCCUAAAGGUGACGCUACACGGGACGAUUCGCAACGACGAUUUUCACGGCAACACAACGUUGCAAUGUUGGAACAAUGUUGUAACUAUUCGAAACAAUGUAGCAACAAUGUUGCAAUGCUGUGUUGCGCUAAAAAUCGUCGUUGCGAAUCGUCUCGUGUAACAUCACCUUAAGGCCUCGGAGUCAUGUUAGAAUUUUGAUUUAUUGAACGUAGGCUAUUUUAGACGCCUCAGAGAAGAAAAUGAGCGUUCACAAAUAAUACUUUCCAUGGGUGUAGUAAGAAGAACGGUAACGAUCUUGUGAAUGGCUACCAAUCGCUACUCUUCUCAGGGUUUCGCUAAAUAUUAAUCACGUUUCAACCUACCACAUACGUGAGACACUUUUCUAUUAGAACGUUCAGCAUGAAAUUUGCCAAAAAAUUUAAUUUAAAAGAACAUGCUAAGAAGAUACACAAGGCUCAGAAGAACAAUUUUUUUUCACUGCUUUUACUUUCCUAAAUCCAGAGAAUCUGAAUUACCAUACAAAGUUCUACAUGAAGAGCGCAGGUAAAAUUUUGUUCUUUCAACACAUGUACAUUGUACUCGUACAAUUUAUUAAAAUAAAAACUACAACUAUUAUCUUAUCUUGCUUUUUCUGUAUGUCUACAUGUGAGAUUUCCGUUAUUGAAAUUUAAGAACACCCGUAAGAACAUUUCUAGGUUGAAACUGCCCGGAAAAUAAGAACAGUUUAGGCAUAACUCGAAAAUGGGCGUUCUUAUAAAAAAGAGGUUGUGGCAGGUAGAAAAAAACUGUUUACUGCUUUUUUUUUCACGAAUGCCAAGUUACGACAUUAGUUACACGGUAUUACAAGGUUUUAAUUGAUUCUUUAGCUAUAAAAAAUUGUGAAAAAACUUUUCUUAAAAACAUUCAAGAAAUUGUUGAAAAAAGUUAGAAAAUAUACGACGUUUCGACGUUCUCGGACGUCAUAAUCAAGUAAAAAAAAUACAGUGUGAUUGUUCUAUAAAUACAAGAAAAACAAUACGAGUAACUGAUUGAGUCACUCUGAGUGUUAAGGCUGGGCCUCAAACUAUCUAGUAAGCUUUUUGUUCCACUUCCUCGCUUAAAGUUGUGUAAUCCAAAUCACCCCCAUCAUUUGCUUGGAACUCCAGUGAUAAACCAGUGAAGGACUUUUUGAUGGUGUCUUUCGAAGAUGCGUAUAUCAUUUUGUCUCCAAUCCUUGCAUUUUCGUCACACCUAAAGGGAAAAAGGGAAAUGAGAUGAAACGGGCUGGCUCAGCUCAUGCCUUGUUUCCUUAUAAAAUUGUUGCUGUGUUUAUAUGAGAAGGCCGGCUGCCCCGUUUGCCGAGAUCGUGGUUGCUUGAAGGAAGAUCUCAGCAAGCGGGCCAGCCGGCCUUCUCAUAUAAACACAAAAACAAUUUUGCAAGGAAACAAGGCAUGAGCCGAGCCAGCAUGGUAAAGCAGGCCAGGCUAGCUCACCUCAUAUAUAAAGUCCCUAAGUAGAAAUGAGUACCAGGUAAUAAGGGUGUAAUCAUACAAACUAAAGCUAAAGAGAUGUACCCAACACAUUUUUGAUUUAAUAAUCUCUUGAUGAAUGCAUACAUCAAUUCAGGGAGCAAGGGUGGCUCUAUGGUGAGAGCAGUGGUUAGAGCACACACCUCCCACACCAAUGUGGUCCAGGUUUAAAUCCCGGCGUCGACUCAGUAUGUUGGUUGGUUUAGUUCUUGGUUCUCUGCACGGAGAAGGUUUUUUUCGGGUUCUCCGUUUUUUUUCCUCCAGCAAUCUAGUUUUCACUGGGUCGUAAGUGAUGGAUUCAUAAGCAGAGUCAGAAGAAAAUAGAAAUGUUCUGAUUAUUCUGACUCCAGUUCUGCAGCCUACGUGUCAGGUGUUCGAAACGGGGAAGGGACGGGAAUUUUAGGGGGGUGGGGAGGAGGGGAGCGCCUGCAAGAGCGCCAUUAUUGUCACUACCCGCCUACUUAUUAUGUAUGCAAAAAAACGCAACUGUAAACGUCUAACCAUCUGUUACUGUUAGUUAAGGUAUUCAUUAUUUUUACAUCUCUCUGGUAGAUGUGAAAAUGGAAAAGACCAUAGCGUCCUUGCAGGCGUUCCUUACACUCCUCCUCGAGCGCCUUUCUGCCACGCAGACAACCAAUUCUGUAGACUUACCUUAAGUCGACUGCGUGAGCGCCGAAGGCGCGAGGAAUGCUGGCGAAGCGAGCAAAAGCGAGCGACGAAGUAUUCUGUUGCACUUAUAACUCCGCUUACGAUUCAGAGUUUUGAUUUUCACUAGGUUAAUAACUUAUUUUGAAAAUAAAAUGUUCUUACAACUCUGACUCUGUUUAGCAAGUAAAAUCCAGCCUAAAAUGUUUUGAGGCUAAAGGAAGAUUUUAUGCCCGGUCACGAAUUAAAAAUGCAGAGACAACCUUACUCACCAAAAGAUGAAUGCCAACUUAUUAACUUUCCUGCCAUCCUUCUUCAUAAAUCCAAAAUCAUACAAAAUAUAUCGUGGCUCUUUGCUGAGUUGCUCCUUCAUUUUAUUAAACUGUGCCUCAUCUUCUUCUUUUGCUUCUGUUUUGCAUGGAUCACCACACACGUCAACAACAAUUUUCUUCUUUCCUUCAAUUUUAAAGAAUGCAAACUUGUGUGUGCUUCUCAACCUCAUAUCAUUAAACAAACCGUUGAUUUCAGCAUCGAGUUGUACCCCAGACAUAGACUGUAUCAAGAGAACAUAAAGAAUAAAAUUAAUAAUCUAAAAAACCUUAUUAAGGUAUCAAAACUGCUAUUAAGCCAAAAAUUGGUCAGGCUUAUAAAAUUGCUUAUUUGAAAUGUACUCCCAAACUGAACACAAAUUCCAAAAAUGAAGCAUUUUUGUUCAAUUGAAAUGGAGAAAAUUAAAACCAAAGUUGGUAUCUAGAGGGCUAAUUUUGAAAUCUGAUUGAUUUUCUAAUAAGCUAGGGGAAAUAACAACCAAAUUGGCAAACAUUGUGCUUCCUCAAAUAAAAAACGACUGCUUUGAUCAUUCCUAAUCACUCCCAUGACUGAAAAAGCCUGGCCGAGGAUGUCAGUCAGGUUCGCUGUUUAGUGAACAACGACCUCUUUCUGCUAUUCUGUCGCGCAUUUAUAAAAUUAAGAGUUUACAACGGCCAUCUACAAUUUCAGCAAAGUACUGUAACUACUCACCAUUGUGAUAAUUGAUCGUGACUUUAAUUUUCAAAACACCUUGAAAACAAAAUAGUCAUUGUAAAAAUUAGUUGGGUUCCAGCAAACAAAUCUGCAAAUGGAUGUUUAAAAUAAACUUUGUAGUGAAAAGGUGUACAUCGCGAAUAGCACCUCAUGGUGAAAAAUCUUUAAAUACUUAAUCAAUUGUAGAAAAUUUUGACAACUUGAGCUUUCCGCUCCUGAUGUGAUAAUUAAGCGUUUGGAUUCCAAAAAACUUAGAACAAAGUUUAGUACCGCUCCUUACCAGUAACUUGUUUCUUGACAGCUUGUAGCUCUUCCAACUCUAUGGCUUGAUAAAAACUUUGCUGCAGUUGCGUAUAUAUAUGUUCCCGGUGUGAUGUAAUAUUUCUAUAUUUACAAUUACCCAUUUGAUCAAGAUUGUGGGGUUUCUGCGAAAUCAUUUACUUCAAAACGAGCUCAGUGCAUCCUUUUAAGGAAAAUAAACCGUGCCAUGGGAAUUGCGCAAUGAUACAAAUUUACAUAAAAUUGAAUAUUACAAACAGUUGAUAUGUUGUUGUUUUACAGCGUUAAGGCACAUUGGUGCCCGGCGUUAGAAGCGUGAACUAUAUAAACCCUCUCGUGCAGCAAUAUGUCUCUUCUAAUAAUCAAUUUUUAAAUUUAUUUUACUGAGGGCAAAUCGAACUAACGAACGAAAAUGUGAAAAUUACUUAUGCUGACCGAGCAACUCCGGGUAUAAAGAGUUGAUUGCGCACAUAAGGUGUAUUAUCUCCUUAUAUGGCGUAUUUUACAAAUUACUAGAUUUUUUAAAGAAUAGUAUGAUAUGGGAUAAAGUUUUGCUGGUAACGUCAUAGUCUGUAAAACAGACAUGUACUUUUCAAUAAAUCUGAGAAGCUUAAUUCCUAUGUACCGGACAAAAUUAACGAUUGCAUUUCAUGUUAGCAAUGUUUACCUCAUAAGAUGUGUCAGUAUUUGCUACCUAGCGUUCAAGGUUAAAAGUACAUUUAAGGUCUCUAGAUCUAGCUCGAUGAAAGAAUCAAAGUACGUGAGGCGAACGAAGUGUCCAAAAAUUUCCCACAACCUUGCCGUGUUAUAUUCCCGUAAUAUUCGACUAUAAACUGACAUUCUGAAAAAUGUUAUGAUCGCCGAAUGUUUUAGUAGAGUGAGAGUCCUUUGCAUACGAAUAAUAAGUAUAGAGCUUUCCCUAAAUUUCUACCGAAAAUAUAUAUUAUAUGGCUUGAAAAAAGGAUGUUACAGUUAUUACGUAGCUUAUCAAAAAGCUUUAGAUUCAAAGUAAGGGUCCAUUUCUUCGAGACAAAAGACAACCCGCAUCGCGUGGGCUAUUACAUGCUCUAUGAUUUUAAUCAACAUUACCAAAAUAGGAAACGACAGUCGCAUCUGUGUGUCACGCCACGCCUAAAAGGUAAGCCGUGCGAAAUAUAUAAAAUUCAACUUUGUUGGGCGUUUUGAAAGAAAGUACAAAGAUAAGAAAACCCUGUCUUCCGUUUAGAGAGAUUCUACAGAAAACUUUACGGUUUCAUGAUCAGUUACGUGAGUUCAGUUUUUGCGUUGCGUAAUACGUCAUGGUACUGUACAGACUGUAAGCUACUGUAGUAUGUGAAGAACAAAACGCUUAUGUACUUCAUAAAGCACACUCUCUUGUUUCCGAAGUUUGGAUCUUUAGUAAUUUCAUGGAUUUUCCGCAAAACAGUCAUGAAAAAUGUAAUGAAUGUAGGUGAAGCUUGACUCGGUAGCUAUAGCGUGACAUCUUUAAAAGAAAUUGCGUGAUCGCGUAAUCCUGUGCUGGAGGCGAGUCGUCUCAAAGUGCCCGGGGGCUGGGGGGUGGGGGGCAAUUGGGUAUUGUUUGGGUGAGUAUGUGCCGCCCGGACUCCAAAUUGGCACCCCGUUCUAAAAAAAAAUUCCCCUAAAAUUGAUACCCCGUUCCAGAAAUGGGCCAAUUUUUUAUAUCCCGUUCUAGAAAGUUUGUAAAUUGAAAUAGCCCUGUUUUUUUAAAAAGAUAUUUCUUUAUUUGUUCGACUUAUACAUGAAAUAAAUGCUUCUUCAUAAUCAGCAACAAUUUUAAGCAGAAGAUGAAGCCGUGAUCCACAAUUUUUUAUACUCCGUUCCAGAAAACGCCUCUAAAAUGGAUACCCCGUUCUAAAUCAGGAGCUUCAAAAUCACGACCCCGUCGGGCGGCACAUACCCGUAUAGGUAAUGUAUGGGAGUACCCCCCCGGCAAAGUGCGUUUCACGUUUGAUUAAUGAUAUGAGACGAUAGAACUGGACUGGGCUCUUUUCUUUUUAUAAGAAUAUAUUUUAUAGGAAUUAUGAGGUUGAAAGUUGGGAAAUUUUAAGAAUAUUUUAGGAGUAACCGAGGCUGAGAUUUUGAAAAGGAUAUAUUUUUGUGUGUUGAAAAUCUGCAAAUACAAUACAAGUUAGUACAUGUUUUUAACUUAAUUGUAUCAGGAAAUUGUUCUUUUCGUUAAACGGCAACACUAAACAACAAAACGAAAUCAAAGGCUCCUGUGAGCCAGCGCAUGGAUGAAUUGGAUAAGUGUAGAAAAGACAGUUCAAUAAGUCAACAAGACCCCCAUAAUGGGGAUUCAUUGGUCCGCUGGCGUACCUGACAAUUUGUCAGUCGGAGUCGGGGUUGUGUAGUAACAAAAAUAGGCAAGUUAGCCUUUUGAAACAAGAAGCGAUAAAGUGACUAGUUUGAUCUAACCAGAAAUUCCAAAAAUUAUUGUCGUUCUGCGUUUAUAAAACGUGACAGGGUCGACUUUUGGAGUUUCAAAAAGCAGUAAAUUAUUAACUUUUAGUGUUGUUUCUGUCUGAUAUUGCAUUAGCUGCUAUAUGAUAGUCAACAAUUUUAACAAUAAUUUUUGCACUUUUAAUUUUCAAUCGCUGCUCCGGUGUAUUAUUGAUUCCAAGAUUCCAUAUGUUUCUUCGUUGCUAGAUUUUUUCUAGUUUUCGUAAGACUGUCGGAAUUAGAGUUUUAGCCAAAACGCUUGAAAAACGUAAGUUUUAUAAAAGAAUACCAGCGGGUGGUGAGAUAUUAAGAUUUGAUUCUAAUUGUUCGCUUUAAUAAUAAACAUUCUCGUUUCCGUAUAUUUCUGGCACGUUUGAUGCAUUACUCGCUAAUUUUUGGACACCACCACGCUUGGAAAGAUUUUCUUGUUCUGCAAAACUUGUGCAUCAAAGCUCAUCGUUGGCCGCAACCUUUUUCACAGAGUCCUUCUCUCUUCCUCCCUCGAGGAUUAGAAAGGGCCCUUGGAACGAAGUUGCGUUGACUGGUAAAUCUAAUGACGUCAUAUCCUGUACGAGGGCUGCGGCUUCCAAUGCAAUGAGUAGUCACUUGAAGGGAUAGACGAGAGGGCCCUUCCUAGAUCCUGAGACUGGGACCGAGUUAUACGAUCGCCGAGUUUAAUCGCCGAGUAAAUCUUCGUUCUGCAUCGAUCACCGCAUCGCAAUGGCCAAAAAAUGGCGCGUAAAGGAGUCAGAGUGAAUACUCGCGGGCGUAUUCAAAAAGAUGCGAUUUGAUUUAUUUUGUUUCUUGUUUUUUUCAUCUAAAAUAUACUUAACAUUGACCUAUUCGUACUUCGAAAAAUAUUACUGGUUCCCGCCACUGAUAUUAAACGGAAAAAGGCGAAAAACUACUUGGGGUGACAAAUUAUUUUUCUUCACAAAUAUUAAAACAGAUAGAUUUGAGACUUAUGACAAGGUGCUGUUGAAAUAAACGAAUAUACCCCCUCAAAGCCAAAAAUGGAAAUUGUUUUUGUCUUCCUUAUCUCUAAGCAGACUAGGGUUCCCUGACCUAUCCCUACAAGGGAUAGACGACAAGUACCUCUCCGGAAUUGGACGGCCGGUCCUAUACUCUGUGAAACAUUAACCAAACGCGUCCGAAAGAGCGGGAAAAAUAAAAUCCAAACAAGAGUAGGCGUAUUGCAGUAGCUGUUUAGGGAAAUUAGCAGGGGGGAGGGGGGUGGAAAUUUUAAAUUUGGGUUCGGAAAUGAGGUGACCCAUCCCUGCAAUGGGAGUGAAAUUUGCUAACCCUCCCCUUGACCUUGCCCUAAAAUAUCAUGACCCUCCCCCUCUUGUAUAAAUUAUAAAAUCUAGGGCUUGCAAUACACUAGGGUGAGUCAGUAGGUAUUAUGAAAGAUCAAAAUAUAUUUCUAAUCUGUUCUUUGUAAUGCCAUAUACACAGAUUUUAGAUGACAGCAUUAAGAGUCCCAUUCUGAUUCUGACAGCUGAUCACUCGACUCUCCUAUUUCUCCCAAGUUUUUUUUACAAAAUAAAGAACUUAUUUUUUCUUCUGUGGGUGAACCUCUACAUGAUCAGGGACACAUAUUUGCAUGACCCUCCCCCUUUUAACGGCCCAUUUUUCAUGACUCCUCCGUUUUCUGCAGUCUCAAAAAGUUGUGACCCUCCCUCUGUUUCCACCCUCCUCCCCCCCUGCUAAUUCAGGGGCGGAUCUAGGGGGAGGGUGCAAGGGGUGCGCACCCUGCCCCUCGCUCUUCGCCGCCGGGGACAUCGGCGAAGAGCGAGGAGAAACGGAUGUUUUCGCAGGUUAUUGGUGUUGAAGUAAAGCAAGAGACGAGUGCACCCCCUCCUAAAAAAAUCCUGGAUCCGCUCCUGUAAUUUCUGACUAGUCUCUUAGACAUGUCUUUGGAAAACAGACCUGGAAGUUUUUUGUUCGUACCAGAUGUAAAAUCAGCAUGAGUUGGAUACGACAACAAGUUUUGUUAUGUACUAUAUAUACAACAAAGGUUUAGGCGAAGGUAAGCUUAAAUGUACGGUCAGUGUAUUCUGUGACUUUACUAGUUAUUGGUUUGUGUACACCAAAAUGGAAUAUCCGGAUGCAGAAUAUUGCACUUGGCACAGAAGAACCCUUUUUUUGGGGGGGGGGGGGGAACAAACAAAAAAAAUUCCUGGCAAUACCAUA